AAGCUAACAGUAAAAGAAAGACGAAAGUAACUCAACCAAGUUCGGUACAUUGAGGUUGUAACGGUCGAAAUGGAAGCUGUAAAAAUGGCGACACCCACGUGGUUUCAUCGUCAUCACCACUCACUCACUCACUCACACGGUUCUCACUUCGUGAAGAAGAGAAAACACAAACAGAACCAUCUUCUUCAUCAAAUUCAUGAAUGACACUGUUCCCAAGUACCCAACCCAACCAUGCAAAUUCUCACCGCCCUCUCUUUCUCUUCCUUCUUUCUUCUUCUCUUAUUCCUUUUCCUAUUCGGUAACGCACACGGGUUCGGCUCAAUGGGACCAAUCUCCGCGUCGUUCGGAAGAGACGAGGUUUUUUGCUCCAUCGAUGCUAGUGGAAAACAGGACGUUAUUUGUUGGGGGAACAACGCCACGUCACCGUCGCUCUCCGCCGUCGCAAACGCCAUCCCUGCUAUGUCAGCACUCUCCGGCGGGGAGGGCUUUCUCUGCGGCAUUUUAGCGAACACAUCGCAAGCGUUUUGCUGGAGCGCUGUAACGAAACCGAGCGCAGAUCUAAUCCUCGUGCCUCCGGCGUACCGGAACACCGCUUAUUCCCACAUCGCCGCCGGCCAGAAUCACGUAUGCGCCGUCAAGGGAUCCUACUUCGCCGAUCGCGAUUCCGGCACCGUUGACUGCUGGGAAAUCACGAAAACCGCGAACAAAACUUUGACGGCGAAACAGAGCGAUAAGUUCAACGACCAAUUAAUGUCGAAUCUGGAGGUGAAGAGGGUUGUUUCCGGUGAAGGGUUCACCUGCGGCGAGGUAAACGACGGUGGACUAAUCUGCUGGGGACCCACUUCGGAAAAUUUGGGAAACAUUAACAUUUCCAAUGUUACCGACAGUUUUGCGGUUCUGGUGGCUGGCCGGAGCGCCGUUUGCGGCGUUUUCAACGUUUCCGGCGAGUUAAAAUGCUGGGGCGACCCGGUUUCGUAUUCGGAUCCUCCGUUGGAUUCGGUUCGGUUAGUCUCUCUAUCAGCAGGGGCUAACCAUUUCUGUGGCGUGAGAAUGGAUAAUCACGAAGUUGAAUGCUGGGGUGAUUUGAAUUCCUCGGUUGUUCCAAAAGGUAAUGGCUUUAUGGCUAUUGCUUCUUCGGAUUUCACCACGUGCGGGAUCAGGGAAGAUGAUCUUCUUCUGGAUUGUUGGUUGGUCAACGCUUCAAAACCCGAUUUUGAUCCUCCUUUGGAGCUUUCAAGCCCUGGACUCUGCAGGGCUAGUGAGUGUGGGGUUGAUGAGUUUGCUUUCAAUGUUAGUGUUCUUAACGAGCUAGCUUUGACAAGCUUGUGUGUUAGAGAAGAUUUGAGGAUUUGUUCUCCUUGUGGGUCAAAUUGUUCCAAAGGAUACUUCUUGUCUAGUGAAUGUACUAGGAAUGCUGAUAGAGUUUGCACUGCUUGUUCUCUUUGUCAGAACAGCUCUUGUUUUAAUGUUUGUGGACUUCACUCUUCAUCGGGGCUUCAUUUGCAUUGGCAUUGGCAUGAUUUACGUAAAUGGGUGGUGAUAGUUGGGUGUCCAGUUUUGGGGUUUUUGGUUAUUUUGCUUUGUGGGUGUCUUCUUAUGGUUAGAAAGAGGUCUAAGAAGCAAUCCAAGUCUUGCAUGGGAAAACCGGAUCAGGAGGAUGAUCAUGUGAAUGUUGCUCUUAACUCUACACCUUCGGUUAAUUCUUGCCCCGGUGUGCCUCAGGUUUUCAGGCUUUCUGAGCUGAAGGAUGCUACUAAUGGGUUCAAGGAGUUUAAUGAACUUGGGAGGGGGAGUUAUGGGUUUGUGUAUAAGGCUGCAUUAGCUGAUGGGAGAGUGGUUGCUGUUAAAAGAGCAAAUGCUGCUACCAUUAUCCACACUAAUAACCGUGAUUUUGAAACGGAGCUGGAGAUUCUAUGCAAAAUUCGCCACUGUAAUGUUGUCAACUUGUUGGGGUAUUGCGCGGAGAUGGGGGAGAGGUUGCUUGUCUACGAGUAUAUGCCUCACGGGACGCUCUAUGAUCACCUCCACGGUGGUCUUUCUCCGCUGACUUGGAGCCUCAGGUUGAAGAUUGCGAUGCAGGCCGCAAAAGGACUUGAGUAUCUUCACAAGGAACCUGUGCCUCCAAUUGUGCACAACGAUCUUAAAAGUUCCAACAUUCUUUUGGAUUCGGAGUGGGGGGCAAGGAUUUCGGACUUUGGACUUCUUGCUUCGAGUGACAAGGAUCUCAAUGGGGACCUAGAAAGUGAUGUUUACAAUUUUGGGAUUGUGUUGCUUGAGGUUCUGAGUGGAAGAAAGGCUUAUGAUAGGGAUUACACCCCUUCCAACAUGGUUGAGUGGGCAGUGCCUUUGAUCAAACAAGGGAAAGGUGCUGCUAUAAUUGAUAGGUACGUGGCUCUUCCAAGAAAUGUUGAACCUUUGCUAAAGCUUGCUGAUAUAGCAGAGCUUGCUGUGAGAGAGCGUCCAAGUGAGCGUCCACCUAUGUCAGAUAUAGCAUCUUGGUUGGAGCAAAUUGUGAAGGACGGAUUGAUCUUAUAGCAUUAAUCAUUGCCCUGUGAGAAACUUGUUUCGAAUUUUGAUCCAUCCACAAUAUCUUCUUUUUCAUAAAUUUCUGUGAGUAAUGCUCUCUUCUGCGAUUGUAAAUUGUUUUGAGUUUGUUGUAGAUUGCUUAUCUCCUUUGUAGUAGUUCUUUGGGUUUACUUUUCCUAAUCUUCACGAAGUGAAGGACAUGGCAUUAUUGCAACAUACACACAUGCUGUGAAUUUUUUUUCCUCUCAUAUAAGCCUAAGACCAUUUCCAGCAUACAGAUAGAAUCAAUUUACAUGUACAACAGUGACUUAAAAUGGUAGUCAACAUGAAUUUUUUUGGUCAGGCAUUAGUGAUUCAAUAAAUGUGCAACCUUGUUCUUGCUGGAAACCACCACUCUGGUCAUUUAGCAAUUGAGAAUAGUAAUUUUGUCACACUUCCAGCAGUAAAACUUUUAUUAUUACCUUGGUA